AUGGCAUCGCUCGAUACUCUGGACAUUAUUGUCCUCGCAGUCCUCCUCCUGGGAACUGUCGCAUACUUCACCAAAGGCACCUACUGGGCCGUGCAAAAGGAUCCGUAUGCCACGUCAAUAGCCAACGGAUCGGCUGGCAAGUCCGGAAAGAGCAGAGACAUUCUCGAGAAGUUGGAGGAAACCGGCAAGAACUGUGUCAUUUUCUAUGGCUCUCAGACUGGCACAGCCGAGGAUUACGCCUCACGGCUGGCAAAGGAAGGAUCUUCGAGAUUUGGCCUCAAGACCAUGACCGCGGACUUGGAGGAGUACGACUACGAGAACCUGGACAAAUUCCCCGAAGACAAGGUUGCAUUCUUCGUGUUGGCCACCUACGGCGAGGGUGAGCCAACGGACAACGCGGUCGAGUUCUUCGAGCACAUCGGCAACGAGGAUGUCUCUUUCAGCGAGAAGAGUGCCGAGGAGUCACCCCUUUCAUCACUCAAAUACGUCACCUUUGGCCUGGGCAACAACACCUACGAACAUUACAAUGAGAUGGUUCGCAAGGCUGAUAAGCUUCUGACCAAGCUCGGCGCGCAGCGUAUUGGAGAUGCCGGGGAGGGUGAUGAUGGUGCUGGUACCAUGGAGGAAGACUUCCUCGCCUGGAAGGAGCCCAUGUGGACUGCGCUCGCAGAGUCUAUGAACCUCGAGGAGCGCGAGGCGGUGUAUGAACCAGUCUUUGAGGUCACCGAGAAGCCGGACUUGGAUGCGUCUCAUGACACGGUCUACCUUGGCGAGCCGAACAAGAACCACCUUGAAGGCACCCAGAAGGGCCCAUACAACGCACACAACCCAUACAUUGCACCCAUUGCCAAGUCGUACGAGCUCUUCAACGACCAGACCAGAAACUGCCUACACAUGGAGAUUGACAUUUCCGGAUCGAACCUGUCUUACACAACCGGUGACCACAUCGCUGUCUGGCCCAACAACGCAGGUCGGGAGGUUGAGCGUCUCUUGAACAUCACUGGUCUGACGCCGAAGAAGGACACCGUCAUCGGAGUCAAGGGUCUGGAUGCGACAGCAAAGGUACCCUUUCCAACCCCAACUACUUACGACACAAUCCUACGAUACCAACUGGAAAUCUGCGCUCCUGUCUCGCGUCAAUUUGUUGCCACCCUAGCCCAAUUCGCACCCAAUGAAGAGCUCAAAGCGAAAUUGGUAAAGAUCGGCGGCGACAAGGACCUCUUUUCUGCCCAGGUCGCGAAGAAGAACUUUAACAUUGCACAAUUCCUCGAGCACAUCGGAAACGGCCAGAAGUUUGACAAGAUCCCAUUCGCGCUGUUCAUCGAAAGCCUGAAUAAAAUCCAGCCUCGUUACUACUCCAUCUCCUCGUCCUCGCUCGUACAGAAGAACAAGGUCUCGAUCACAGCCGUCGUUGAGUCCGUCGAUGUUCCUGGCGMACCUCAUGUUGUCAAGGGUGUAACGACAAACUACCUGCAUUCUCUCAAGCUCARGCAAGACGGAGUGGCCAACCCAGAUCCGCAUGGCUUGAACUAUGCCAUCACUGGUCCUCGCAACAAGUACGACGGUGUUCACGUUCCGGUCCACAUCCGUCACUCCAACUUCAAGCUCCCUUCAGAUCCCAGCAAGCCGAUCAUCAUGGUGGGUCCUGGUACUGGUGUUGCACCUUUCCGCGGAUUCGUCCAGGAGAGAGCGCAGCAGGCCAAGAACGGCGAGAAAGUUGGCAAGACCAUUCUGUUCUUUGGUUGCCGGAAUCGCACUGAUGACUUCAUCUACAAAGAUGAGUGGGAGCAAUACGCAAAGGACAUGGAAGGCCAAUUCGAGCUGGUCCCUGCCUUCUCUCGCGAGGGCAAGGACAAGGUUUAUGUUCAACAUAAGCUGAAGGAGAGGGCAGAUGAGAUCAACCAGCUCCUCGAGCAAAAGGCCUACUUCUACGUCUGUGGUGACGCAGCCAACAUGGCAAGAGAGGUCAAUGAGCUCUUGGCAAACAUCAUCAUGGAGAAGCGCGGUGUGGAUAAGAGGAUAAGUGAGGACAUCGUCAAGGGCAUGCGUACUGUGAACCAGUACCAGGAGGAUGUCUGGUCCUGA